AUCUAUCAAUGAGAGAGAGGUCCUCGCACCUCGCAAGGUUUCGGCAGCACUAUAUAAACGCGUCCAUUAGACUAGCUCUUUACAACCAGAAAACAACUCCGAUCAACAUGAACACUUUGUCGUACGCUGUCUUCGCCGUCAUUGCGGUUUCCGCUUACGCCGCGCCAGUGGAUAAUAGCACACCGGUGCCAAUUCUGGCGUAUACCGCCGAUGGACCCAAUCCGGAUGGCUCGUACAACUUCAACUACGAGACUGGAAACGGCAUUAAGGCGGAGGAACACGGUCAACUGAAGCAACUGAACGAGACGAAUUCAGUGAUCAUCGUUCAAGGAUCCUACAGUUAUUCGGAUGCUGACGGAGCUCCUGUUGCCCUGAGCUACGUCGCUGACGAGAAUGGUUUCCAGCCAAAGGGCGAACACCUUCCAACCCCUCAUCCGGUACCAGCUGGAAUUCUAAGAGCCUUGGAAUACAUUGCUGCACACCCCGAGCAAGACAAUGCGCGUUGAUCGCGACACCACGCUGAUCCUACAGUAGAAAUAGGACGUAAUUGACGCGACGAUGAGUCAAGUGCGAAAGUUUCAAGACUCAUCGUAAUGCAGAAUAUUUUUAUAGACUCGUUUCGUUUUGCCCACUUUCUCCGUUUUCAUCGUCGAACGUCCGCCAGAUCUUAUACAGCGAUCCUAAACAGUAGUCACAACUGUAACACAAAAUCACUACGAUCACCAAUUAUAUGAUUUAACCAUCGACAUACAGUGCAACAUUUGUGUAAAAUUGUAAAAUGUAUAUUGGUUUUAAUUUGGAAAUAAAUGUUUAACUGUUUAAGUUGAA